ACGAUCUCAUCACGCCAAGGCACGAACAGCGCAACCAGCCUACGAACACGCGCGCAACCAGCCCACACCGCGAGAUCCACAACGCCCGUCCACGCACGCACGCACGAAAUCCACACCCCAAAACCAACAAAUCCGAGCGCCCACAUCAUUAUCCCCCUCUCCUCCGCUCCCUUCCUUCGCUGCUCCCUUCUCCGCAUCGAGAAAAAGAUAACAGCGGAAGCAUCAAAGACCAGCAGCGCAAGGCAAUAAUAAAAGUCGGGAGGCAUCAAAUCGGAAAAGGUUUUUAUUAGCAUGGAAGCGAUCCAAACCCUCCCUGACCAAUUCGGUGGAAGGGGGGAGGAGACGGAGUUGCAUCUGUGGCCUCCCCUGUUGCUCCUCCCGCCCGCCCGCCCGUCUCUAUUACUGUCCGCUUUUGCGCCGCGACGCAUCCACAGCGAUUUCGUUCGUCUCGCAAUUAUUACCGCUGCUGGAAUUCUCGGCGCGGAUCGAGCCGCGCAUCGGGCGGGCGUCGUCGCUUCGGGCUCGGUUUUUCUCCCGGCUCGUCUAUAUAUCGUCGCGGAAAUUUCCGUCUCGUGCGAGAGGGGAAGGGUUAGGUUUGUCUCUUAGGUUUGUGUUGUGUUGUUGCAUCGUGUUUGGCGGUUGGCGAAUCUAGGGUUUCGGUCGCGGGGAUGGAGUCCUCCGGCGAUGAGGGCGCCGGGGCCCCGCGGGCGGAGCCUGGGAGCCCCGGCCCGGCGUCGGCACCCGCGGCCGUUGGUGGUGGAAGUGGAGCUGGUGCGUCUGGAUCCGGGGGGAAGCCGCCGGUGAAGCGCGUGAUGAAGACGCCCUACCAACUGGAGGUUCUCGAGAGGACCUAUACAGAGGACCCGUAUCCGAACGAGACGAAGCGGGCGGAGCUGUCGGUGAAGUUGGCGUUGACGGACAGGCAGCUGCAGAUGUGGUUCUGCCACCGGCGGCUCAAGGACCGGAAGCCUCCGGCCAAGCGGCAGUUGCGGGACGAGGAGGUCACCUUGCCAGUCAUAGCGCCACCGCCUGUGCUUCCUCCGUCGCUGCCACCCAGCGAGAUAAUGGUGGGGGCUGUUGGGACUUAUGGUGAGCCGCUGCUGCCCUGUUCCAGGAGAGGGCCCGGUCGGUCGUCGGCUGUGCCCAGGAUUUCUGUGCCGGAGAUUGGGAGGAGGUACUAUGAGUCACCACAAAUCAUGCUGCCUCCUCUGGCACCGGUGCACCUUACGCGAGCUGAACACCAGGUGAUCGAUUCUGUGGAGACAUUGAUUGGGGAACCACUGAGGGAGGACGGGCCAGUGCUUGGUAUUGAGUUUGAUCCGCUUCCUCCUGGUGCAUUUGGCGCGCCUAUCGUUCCAGAGCAAAAGAAGCAGCCAUUCCGACCUUAUGAAACCAAGACAUUUUCUGGGCAUGAUCCCAAGCUCAUGAAGGCAUCAGCAUUCUUGCCUACCACGGACCCUUAUGUUCCAAAUACAGUUACUGGGAAGCGGAAGUCCUUGGCUGGAAGCUCUUCUCAUCCUGGUUCACAAGCAGUUCAUGAGUACCAGUUUCUUCCUGAGCAGCCAAGUGAUAGAUACGAGAGGGCAAGCCAGUCCCGCUUCUACGAUGCUUCAACAGAGGCUUCAAAUUCAAGAAUAUCUUCUCUGUCUACAGGACCACGCUUUCUCCAUGGAGCUGACCAGGCACCUAACUAUACAUUUCAUGGUCAAAUAUCUGGUUCUAACCAUUUAACUCCACAUGGCAGAUCACCUUUUCCAUCGGGAUCAACAGAUCAUGAGAUGGCUCUGCCUAAUAUUAAUGUUAGUCCUGCUGCAAUCCAUGGCCAGUUUGGCAUUCCUCAAGUUGCUGGGUUUGAAAACCCCCUUGCAUCCUCUGAGAGAAUGGGUUAUCAUGAUGAAGAUUCCUAUCGUGUGGACAGAAAGCGCAAGCAUAAUGAGGAAGCAAAGAUAGCAAGGGAAGUUGAGGCUCAUGAAAAACGAAUCAGAAAGGAGCUUGAGAAGCAAGAUGUGCUGAACAGAAAGAGAGAAGAACAGAUGAGGAGGGAAAUGGAGAGGCAUGAUCGUGAAAGAAGAAAAGAAGAGGAGAGGUUGAUGCGUGAAAGGCAGAGGGAAGAAGAGAGACUGCAUAGGGAGCAAAGGCGUGAACACAAGCGUAUGGAGAAGUUUAUACUGAAACAAUCCAUGAGAGCUGAAAAACUAAGACAAAAAGAGGAGCUCCGAAAGGAGAAAGAAGCUGCAAGACAGAAGGCUGCUAACGAAAGGGCUACGGCACGUAGAAUUGCACGGGAGUAUAUGGAACUGAUGGAAGAUGAGCGCUUAGAACUAAUGGAACUUGCCUCUCGUAGCAAAGGGUUGCCUUCAAUGCUUUCUCUUGAUAGUGACACAUUACAGCAACUUGAUUCGUUUAGAGGAAUGCUGAGACAAUUUCCUACUGAAACUGUGAGACUGAAGGUGCCAUUUUCAGUAAAACCAUGGACAACUUCCGAGGAUAAUAUUGGAAACCUUUUGAUGGUGUGGAAGUUCUUUAUUACCUUUGCUGAUCUGCUUGGGCUUCCAUCGUUCACACUGGAUGAGUUCGUGCAGGCUCUCCAUGAUUAUGAUUCAAGAUUGUUGGGGGAAUUGCAUGUUGCUCUGCUGAAAUCCAUCAUAAAAGAUAUUGAGGAUGUUGCCCGGACUCCUUCAGUUGCUUUGGGUGUAAAUCAGAGUAGUUCUGCUAAUCCUGGAGGUGGCCAUCCACAAAUUGUUGAAGGGGCAUAUGCUUGGGGAUUCAACAUACUUACCUGGCAGCAUCACUUGAACUUUCUUACAUGGCCCGAGAUAUUGCGCCAAUUUGGUUUAUGUGCUGGUUUUGGGCCUCAGUUAAAGAAUAGGACCGCUGAAAAUGUCUUCCGCGACGAUAAUGAGGGCCGUGAUGGUGAGGAUGUUAUUUCCAUUCUACGAAACGGUUCAGCGGCUGUGAAUGCUGCUGCUUUAAUGAAAGAAAGAGGGUAUACUAAUCGUCGCAGGUCUCGACACCGUCUGACACCUGGAACAGUAAAAUUUGCUGCUUUCCAUGUAUUGUCACUUGAAGGGAGCAGAGGUCUCACAAUACUGGAAGUUGCAGAAAAAAUCCAGAAAUCUGGACUGAGAGACCUUACAACAAGCAAGACACCCGAGGCAUCUAUAUCUGCUGCAUUGUCAAGAGAUACUAAACUUUUUGAAAGAACUGCACCUUCGACAUAUUGCGUUAAAACUCCUUACAGAAAAGAUCCAGCUGACUCUGAGGCUGUGCUGUCAGCAGCACGUGAAAAGAUCAGGGUGUUUCAGAAUUCUGAGUGUGAGGAAGUGGAAAAGGAUGUGGACGAUGCUGAGAGGGAUGAGGAUUCUGAAUGUGAUGACGCUGAUGAUGAUCCUGACGGUGAUGAGGUGAAUAUUGAGGAAAAAGAUGCCAAGUCUCCCCUAAUCAGCACUCAAGAUGGUGCGCCAAUUACAGUUGCUGGUAACAUAAAGGAGUCAAAUAGUGUGGUUAACACAUUAGCACCACCAAGUAUUCAGACUAAACCUUGUGAAAGUGGCUCGUUACAUACUUUAGACAGUUCAACAAGUACCUCAAUUCAUUCAUCGAUUCGAGAUGAUGCACGCGACACAGAAAUAGAUGAAAGUAACCAAGGGGAGUCUUGGGUACAGGGGCUAGCUGAAGGUGACUAUUGUGAUCUUAGUGUGGAGGAACGCCUCAAUGCAUUGGUUGCACUGAUUGGUGUUGCCACCGAAGGAAAUUCUAUCCGUGCAAUUCUGGAGGAACGUCUGGAAGCAGCAAGUGCUUUGAAAAAACAAAUGUGGGCAGAGGCACAACUUGAUAAAAGGCGUAUAAGGGAGGAAUUUUCUAGUAAAAUGCAAUAUGAUUCUUGCAUGGGUUUGAAGGCUGAUGCAGAACAAGAAAAUAAUGCUACUGAAAGUACUCUAACUCCAGUGCGUAACCUUGUUAAAGACAAUGAUGGAAAUGCCAGUACUGAAAACAAUGAUUUGCUUGUUGAUAAGCAGGAUCAGCUUAAUACCAGCGAUAUAGCUCAUCAGUGGAAUGGUGUAAGCCAGGAAUUGAGUGCUAAUCCAGAAAGCUUGUCUGUUCAGCAAUAUCCUUCAUCUGAGAAAACACGAUCUCAGUUGAAAUCAUACAUAGGUCACAAGGCAGAACAGCUUUAUGUUUACAGAUCACUACCUCUUGGACAAGAUAGGAGACGGAAUCGGUAUUGGCAGUUUUCCGCUUCUGCAUCACCCUAUGACCCUGGUUCUGGAAGAAUCUUUUUUGAAUCUAGAGAUGGUUACUGGAGGGUCAUUGACUCAGCUGAGACGUUUGAAGCUUUGGUAGCUUCCCUUGAUUCUCGUGGCCUCCGGGAGUCGCAUCUGCAUUCAAUGUUGCAAAGUAUCGAGCCAACCUUUAAGGAAGCUAUUGGGAGGAAAAAGUGUGCUAGUUUAGAACUCUCAGCUGGACUGCUUUUGAAAAAUGGAAGUAAUGAAAUCAUAAGUCCAAAUCGCAGCAAUGAGUUUGGAAGUCCAUGCAGUACCCUUUCUGGCAUUGCUUCUGAUAAUGCUAUGGCAUGUUCUGAUACUUUCAAGAUAGAGAUUGGGCGUAAUGAUGUCGAGAAGAUUGCUAUUUCGAAAAGGGCUUAUGUGUUUCUAAAAUGGAUGUGGAGGGAGUGCUACAAUCAACAAUCUACCUGUGCCUUGAAAUACGGAAAGAGACGGUGCUCUGAGUUGAUACAAUCUUGUGAUUAUUGCUAUCAGAUUUACUUAGCUGAAGGAAGGCAUUGUUCUUCCUGCCACAAGACAUUCAAACCCAUUCAUAAUUUCUUGGAGCACUCGUCACAAUGUGAAGAAAAACAGAGAACAGAUCCCAACUGGAAGAUGCAAACUGCGGACAAUUCUGUUCCCAUAGGAUUGAGAUUGCUGAAGCUGCUGUUAGCUACCAUAGAGGCCUCAGUACCAGCAGAAGCACUCCAACUGUUUUGGACAGAUGGGUAUCGAAAAUCUUGGGGUGUGAAGUUGUAUUCCACAUCAUCUGCUGAAGAAGUUUUCCAGAUGCUUACUGUGCUUGAAGGUGCAAUAAAGCGGGAUUACUUAUCAUCUAACUAUGAAACGACAACUGAGUUGCUUAAUUCGAGCACGCAAGACUUUGCUACUCAGAAUUCUGUUGGGGGUUCUGGAUCUGCUUCUGUACUUCCAUGGGUUCCUGAUACUACUGCUGCUGUUGCCUUAAGAUUGUUAGACCUGGAUUUUUCCAUCUCAUACACGCUUCAUCCAAAGGCGGGAUCAAAUAAGGAGAGAGAAGCUGGAGAUUUCAAGAAGCUUCUGCCGAGAUACACUGCUGUUAAGAACAGACAAGAAAUAGAUCAGUUCGGAGCUAUUAGUUUUGAUCAACAAGAUGGAGUUUUGCCAACUCACAGCAAUGGUCGUAGAGGCCGUGGACGCGGAAGUCGUGGUGGUAGCAGGGGAGGUAGAUCCCGUAGUCGUGGUGGCAAGGUCCCUAGAGGUGUUGGCAGCUCUUCCAGGAUUCAGUUCAGGGAUAACAACAGUGUGUCGUAUGAUAAAGUCCCGCGAAAGAAUGCACCCCGUGGGCGUGGGCGUAAUCGUGGCCGUGGCAGGGGACUUCGAACUGUUAGACCUCGGCAGACAUCUGAGCUUGGCGCCAGAUCAAUUCCAAAGGCAAACUUAUUGGGCAGCUUUAGCAUGCUAAGCAAGGCAAACCAUACCAGUACUGUGCAUUCUCCCGAGAGCUCUGGCGCAGAAGAGUGGGCCUUGGAGAGAAGGGGAUAUGUCAAGGAUGAUGGCAACACUUCGGUAUCUCAAUCAGAUGAAUCAGAAGAAAAUGAAAAAAAUGGUGAGCCCAUGAAUCAAGAAUAUGAUGAACAGCUCCCAGAUUAUCCAAGAGGCAACCCUGGGUCCAGCCCCCUACAGAUGAUGAAUGAUGGGAGCGAAGAUGAUGAGGAUGCUGAAGGAGAUGAAGAGGGUGAAGAGGAUGGAGAGAGCUAUGAAGUGGAACAUCCUGUUGGUGACGAGGACGAUGAUGUUGAGAUGGGCGAGGAUGAUGAAGUUCGUGACGAUGACGACGACGAUGGUGGAGAUGGUGUCGAGAAUGCAGAUGAGGAUGAAGGUGGCACAUCAUCGUAUUCUUCGGAGUAUAGCGAAUAAGAGAAGCUGGAAGAACUGGAUCGCGCCGCGGGAAAUGAUGUACCAAAGGCUUGAAUCUCCACCUUGGCCUUCACUCUACUCUAACUGCCGAGUCAAAAAGCUAUCAGAGGCAGCCAGGUAGUUCGUUGAUUGUUGGAGUGCAUUAGUAUAAGGUAGUCAGUAUUAGAAGAUUUGCUUUGUACAUGCUUAUCUCGGUAGUUUACAAAUUAGGCCAUUUCUGUGUAUACGACAUACCAAUGGUAAAAAAAAAUCAUGUAGCCGGCUCUCCUUAUUUUCUUCUUUA